AUGGAGGAAGGCUUCCGUGCGGAGACAAGCGAUUCCACCAGAGUAACGACCCGUCCUGGACCAGAUGCUUGUCGCCUGUUGGCCAAUCCAUCAACCUCGGUCGCUGUUGCGUCCUCUUGUUCACUGGUUGAGCACCCGACCGUUAGCCAAUAUCACGGCGCUGGCUCCUCUCCAUUGACUUCACCAGAGUUAGAUGCCGCAAAGGAUUCGGCGCCGUUGGCUUCACGGCAGAUUAAUGGAGCACAGCUUUCGACCCCAUCAACAUCGCCAGAGACCGACACAGCCCAGUUUACGGAUCGUAAAGCAGUCGCGCCAGGAGCGUCUGGAAAGAAAGUCGAUAAUGAUAAUGGCAUGGAACUUGCCUACGACACCUCUUGCGUGGCGCCGAUUCCCUUCCCACGGCCUAGGCCUGGGAUCACCUGCCAUCCAGUUCGGAACAGAACCAGGAUCCCGAACCCCCCGCUCGAUCUAGCGACAGCCCUGAACCGAGACAAGCCUCUGGGCAGGCGGGUGACAGCCACACCGAUUGUUACAGUUUCGGACUGGGAUGGCGCCCACGUGUGCGGCACUCUCGCCGAGACAGCGGCCAUCGGGGGGGAGCCCAUCCUCUUUGCCAAACAGGUCGAAAUCGGGCAACCAAGUAUUCCGUAUGGCGACUUCGCAGUCUUGCGCCAUGAUUUCUUCAAAUUCCCGCAGCCCGACAUGGGAAAGAUUAAUCGAGAAUUCGACGAAGACUAUCUGAAAGUGAAGAACCCUCCUACUCUAGGACUCGACCUGCCGAUUGUCGACAAAUGCAUGGACCGAUAUGCCGAGGAAACCAUGGUCUUUGCCGAGACAAUGGAAGAGCACCAGGACCAAUUUGACUCGUGGCAGCAUGUCAUCACCUCCAAUGAAAAAGCCCUCAAGGAUCUUGAUGAGAAACGGGGACGGGUGAUUCGAGAUUACAAACAGCUGAAGUCGGUGCUGCCCGCGCGCAUCCCGCGCGAAUACCUUGCCGAGAUCGCUGCGGCAGAGAAGGUUGCGCAAAGAGAUAUCGCACAGGCACAGCGCGAAAUCAGGCAUAAUAUCGUCCGUGGCAAUACCAUGAUUGCGAACCAUCUCCGGUGGGACUUUGACCUACCCGCAGCGAUUGACGAAGCACAAGUCAAGAAAGUCGAGAACGAGACUGCCCAAGAGGAGCAUGCGUCUUUGAUGAGAGCAGCAAGAACGAUUGGGACGCCCUAUUUCGCGACAGGGCAAGAUAACUCAGCAGUACAAGGGGUGACUCAGCAGCUCGCUUUGGUCGACGUCAAAGGAAAGGGGGUACUCAAGGAUUCACAGCCAUCACGAUUUGAAGGACUCAACUCAGCAGAAGACGAGAUUAUCUCCACCGUUCCAGAAUGGUUCACAAUCCUAGACUCCAAGGGUAUCAUCAGACUCCGCGCGCGUAAUCCCAAAGACAGACUUAAGGAACUCCUCAAGAUGAUCGCAGACACGUCGCUCGCCUCGACCACUGAGCAAGUAAAUCCGCCAAAGAAAGCAUCUACCAAAGAAUACCACGACCCAAACCCGGGUUGGCCGUACAUUAAAUGGCGGGUCCGGGGAGGAUGGUGGACAUGCCGCAGCGGCCCAGAGGCGUCGCGCGCUGAACGGAAGUGCAAGCUCUGCCACAAAGAAGAGGCCGAGGCACCCGUGCCCAGUGCCGCUGGACCUAGCAACACAGACAAACACAAGAUGCUUAUGGCGGAAGUUGACAAAGCCAUGGCUGAGGCGAACAAGAGGGACAAUAUGCGGCUACGGGAACGGCAGCAAAGUGAAGAUGAGGAGAAGGCGCAGCGUCGGCAGCAAGAGGAGUGGCGACGCCAAGGUGGCGGAUUCUUGGCCUAUGACUUGCUCUAUGGUGGACGGAUGGAUGACGUGAACUACGCCAGCCGGGUUGGACUGUCAAGACAACACAGUGAACCCAAAUACAACACGGAAGUGGUCGCAACGUUCUCGAGCUCGGCAUCAAGCUGCAUGAGCCAGGCAAAGUCCCAGGAAUCCUUCACAGAGUCUGAUGGAAAGCCGAAGAAGAAGGGCAAGUCUGUGAGUUUCCUGGUUUGA